CACACAAGUGAAAAUGUCCUUUGCUGGCAGAAGAGCAUGGAAAGAUAAGAGAGGUAACAUCUUGAGUGUAGCAGGGUCACCAAAGCAGCUCAUCUGAAAAGAAAGACUCUCUACAGCCCUGGUUACAGUAGUGGUGGAAAGGCACACUCUUGCUAAAGCAUUUGGCAACUCUUUGCUGGUUGGUGGGAAGACAUUGAUGCUUUGUGAAGUCACCACUGCUGUUAUGUGUCCACAUAAGUGAGAAGACCACCUGGAGGUAGGAAGAGCAUGGAAGAUUAAGAGGAGGCAACAUCCCAAGUCUGGCCGGGUCAUCCAAGCUGCUCAGCUGGAAGAAGAACACUGCACAGCUCUUGAUCCAUUUCUACUUGUAACCAACAAAGAUGGCACAGGAAGUCGACUGGCUCAGCAGCCAGGCUGGUGUGUGCAAGAUAAACCUCUACAGCCCUGAUACACAUAGAGACCAGGAACGUAAAGUGAUUUGCUUUGUCGACGUUGCCAACCUGAACUCAAAGGAGAGAGACAUCUCUGACCCUGGCAAUGAGCUGGACUUGGUGAAUAUGGAAGAGAAGGAGGUCAUCAUAAUCAAGGACAAUGAGCAAAACAGCUACUAUAAUACUGAGGGAGCAGUUUGCCUUUACAAGCAAGGCUCCAUUGAUGACGACAAUGUUGUCGACUGGCUCAACAAUGACCUCCAGAAAUAUGCAGUUGGAUUCCAUCAUGCGCUGACAUCCUUAAGAAAGUCUCGCAAGACUAAGGUGCGUGACUUGGCAUCCAGGAACAACAACAACACUUCUUCCAGUGCUGGUAGUGAGGGAGGGAACUCAGAUGACAUUGCCUAUUACGCCAAUAAGCUCUGCAACUUAGUUGUUGAAAUGACACGCAAGGAGAUCAAGGAGAAAUGGGAAAGCUCAGGGAAAUGCACCCGCCAUAUCAUUAGCCCCCACAGGAACAAGGCGAAUGCAGCUGAGAAUACAGAACGAAGCAAGACACCUCCAGAAAUAUGUAUCAAGAGCGACGACCCGUUUUCAGGUGACAUGGCAAACCACAAUGACUUCAAGCAACACGAAGCCAUGUAUAUGGACAAAGAAAGGAAAGGGGACGACAUGACAGCCAUAAGCAAAGGGAUGAUGGUGUAUGCAAAUCAGGUUGCUUCAGACAUGAUGCUGUCUUUCCUGAAGACCAUGAGAGUCCAGAAAGGUAGGCACCCUCCGCCAGCAUGUGCCGUUUUGAAAGAGGUACUUAUGAAGCACACCAAGGAAAUCGUAUCAGACUUAAUAGACUCCUCGAUGAAAAACCUGCACAACAUCACAGGGGCGCUCAUGACAGACUCUGAUUUUGUUUGUGGACUGAAGAGGAACCUUUACAAGGCUGGAACCCAGAAGACCGCAGAGGUUUUGGAAGUCAUGGUGAAGCGCUUGUUUAAACUCAUCUUGGGAGAUGAUAAGCAGUACAGAGCUCAAAACUUCACCUUUGCAACCUAUAAAGCAGGGGGGGCCCGGGGCCAUAGCAGUCAGGGCAUGCAGUUUGCAUCCAUGAAAAGGGAGUCUUGUGACUAUGGAAAGGAGAGAGCAAGUGGCCCAUGCCCAAGGAAACAUUUUCCAGCAGGAACCAAGGUACCGGACAAGCAAUCCCUGGAUCUGUAUGCCAAAGAGCUUCUGGUAACAGCAUUGCAGCAGAUACAGCAGCACCUGCUGGAAAAGAACAAAGACUGUAGACCUCGUGAAUGCAACACCUCCUCAUAUGGCUACAUUCCCCGUGACUAUGACAGGGCGGAGGGGAGCUGUGGCUCAAAAUUCUCACACAGGUCAUGCGACAGAAAAGCAGACCCCUGCCAUUCAGACAGCCUGAAAGAUAAAGGUCAUCUCAUAAUGUCCAUGGUCCAGAAGAUUUUGGACGAGGCUGGCUUAAAUCUAGACGAGAACUGUGGGGACAAAAACAGGGGAUAGGAGCAGAGGCCUUGGUGGGGAAGGAGCUUCCCAAACCAGAACCAACAUAGCAACAUCAAAUGCAUAUGACAAUAUGGAGCAAGAUGGAUUCGAGCACAUUUAUCGACCAAUUGAUGGAAUCUGUGAUGAAGAUGAUCUCUCUUUUCAUAACUAAAGGCAUUUGCGCUGGUAUUAGCUAAUUAGAUACCAUCAUCACAGCCCCACUGCAAGCAGCAGUGGCAUGAAUUCAAACUGGUUGAUAAAACGGUAGCUGGGCAAGAUCAUCGAUUAAAAGCAAACAUUAAAAAGUCAGAAGAGGAGAGAGGCCCUGUUAUUAAUUCCCUCACCAAAGCUUAACAAAAGUAGACCGGUAACAGUCAGCUAGUUACUAGGUGUUACCCAAAGGAACAAUAGUGACUAACAGGACUUCUUCUAGUAGGUGGGACAGGGUUAGAAAGUACACCACCAUCCUCUUCUCGAUCCUGUACAUCUUAGGAAGGCCCCUGUUUCAGUUUGCCCUUCUCAGCUUAUCAAAAGCGCAUUUGGAUUAAAUCUACCAGAAACCCAA